GUAAAAAGUACAUAGAAAAAGAAUCAACUGCAGAUUCACCUUAAUAACAACUCUCUAAGAACUAGUCUUAACAAAGUACUUCCUUUCUCUUCUUCUCUGAAGAUCCAAUUCCCUUCGCCUACUCAAUCCUGAGUCCUCACACCAAAAAAAAACCUAUAUCAUGGCCGACCCAGUAUACCCUGUUCCGGUGCAGCUCCCGCCGGAGCCCGCGGUGAGCAGUGACAGUAUACCGCACAGCAGCACCGAGAGUCUAAGACAUAGUUAUGCUGGGAACGGGCAGCUUGCUGAGCGGAUAGACACAGCAGUCGGGGCAGUGAGCACGAAUGAAGCAUUCCGAAUGCGAAAGUCCGUGUCGCAAAGCGCAAAGACAAUACAAAACCGAAUCAAUUACUUUAAGGUACAACUUUUCCUACACUCCGUGUUCGGACCGUAGAAAGUGUUGGAACAAGAGGUUAGGCGAGGUCUCUUUCAAGAAAACAUCAUGACUUUACUUCUCUUCAGCAUGACACCAAUAAUUCCACUCUUUUUCACAGCGCGAAGAAGACAGAAUUUGGAAGGGCCUUGAGGAGGUGCGAAGACAGGCGGGAAAAAUAGAAGAUGGGCGAGGGCGAAUACUAGAGAAGAAGCUGGCUGACAAAACAGUAAUUCCAAAUGUUGCUGUUGGAUGCAAUCAUACACUUAGAAGCGUGCUUGAGUAUUUAACAUCAAAGUACUCGAACGUACUGAUACCACUAGACACUGGUUUCUUACGUCUUAGUACCUCUUUUUCUUACCCGAAUUACCUUCAAGGUAAACCAACGCAAGCAGCAAGACUUUUAUCAGCGGAAAAUGCAAGUCACGGAAAUGCGACAUAGCAUUGAGCACGGCAAGGCGAGUACACGUGCGGAGCUCACCAAUCUGAGACAAAUGCAAGGGCAGCUCCGAAAACGAGAAGCGCAUGAGGCGUUUAGACAGAAACAGGCAGCCGAUCAGCAAAGAAGAUUAGCGAACUCAGACAAAGUUCUGCAGCAACAAAGAGAGCAACUGGAGGCGAAGCUGAGAAUCAAUCAGGAGAAGGUAAUGCUUUGAAGAUGGUUUUGCUUUAGAUGGGUUCACGCAAGUAGGCCCUUAAGUGCCUCACAGCCCGGGACGCCUCGGUCCCUUAAGUGCCACACCUAAGUGCCUCACAGCCUGAGACGAUCGGGCCCCUUAAGUGCCUCGGUUAGGUGCCUCACAGCCCGGGACGCCUCGGCCCCUUAAGUGCCUCGCUUAGGUGCCUCGCAGCCUGCGACGAUCGGGCCCCUUAAGUGCCACGCCUAAGUGCCUCGCAGCCUGAGACGAUCGGGCCCCUUAAGUGCCUCGCUUAGGUGCCUCACAGCCCGGGACGCCUCGGCCCCUUAAGUGCCUCGCUUAGGUGCCUCGCAGCCUGAGACGAUCGGGCCCCUUAAGUGCCACGCUUAAGUGCCUCGCAGUCUGAGACGAUCGGGUUGCUUAAGUGUCUCGCUUAAGUGCUUCACAGCUUGAGAUGGUGGGGUCCCUUAAGUGUCUCGCUUAAGUGCUUCGCAGGCUGAUGCGCUGCUUAACGAGUGACUGCUUCACAUAAGCCGCGCCUCGCUUAAACGGUGACUGCCGCACUAGAGCAGGCCGUCGCCUAAGUAGUGACUGCCGCACUUGAGCGGCGCCUCGCUCAAGUAGCGACUGCUGCACAUAAGCCUCGCCUCGCUUAAGUAGUGAGUGCUGUACUUGAGCCGCGCCUCGCUAAAGCAGUGACUUUAAUUGACUUCACCCCUUCAUUCAGGCCGACCGAUUGAGUCGUAUACGAAGAGAGCAGGAUGUAGCACGAAGAAAGCAAGAGACGGAAGUGGAAUUUAUAAACAACCAAAUCCCUCAAUUAGAAGAAGAGGAGAUGCGAUGUCUGCAGCGAUUGCAGAACUCACGUACUAUCUUCAUCUUGAGGGUGUACUAUGCUUUGAGUUGUCUUUUCAACAAAUGCCGAGAAGAAUUUCUCCUUAGAAGACCUCUAGAACAUGAAUUCACUUGUUCCCACUAACACUAGGUAUGUAUCAUGUUCAUUCGGAAACUAACAUUAAAACAUUGACUCUGAUGAACUACACUCUUCAACUUUCGAAAAGGUAUAGUAACCCAGAGUGUCUUAUCCGAGUUAGAAGGGAGUCUCGGAGCUAGAAAUCCAGUUACGAAUUUACUACGGGCCAAAGCGCUCAGGACUCAAUCGGUUCUCGAAGAAAGUCAGUUCGAUUUAGCUGCAGUGCAGGAGGAAGAUGACGAGGUAUUGGACUCAGUGAAUUCAAAAAAAAAAUCAGUCAAUUUCUUGAAAAUUAGUACAAUGAAUAUGAUCAACAUAGUAAGUAAUGCCGCGGUUAUUACAUAAUGCCGAUCAACAUAUUAAUAGUAGGAUCAUUAUAUUAAUAGUUAUUACAUGGUGCUGUUGCUCCAUUUAAGAUUCCGACUUGGAACACUUCCUUGCUCAAUCUCCUCCAGGGUCCUCCCGAGACUCCAACCGGCUACGAUUUUCAGCCAGGAGAGCGACGCUGAACGCUGAGAAUUCUCGGUGUUCAAUGCAGCUUUUCGGGUUAACACCGAUCUGCUCAAUUUGAAGAUUUCGCAUUGAAGAUUAUUUGCACGAAUAUUACUUACCACGACCACAGUAUGCAGCUUUUCUGGGAAUAACCUUACACGACCGCCUGAUAUCGGGAUUAAGAUGACGAUGAGAAACUUGGCCUUCAAGCCAUACUGACCCACUUUUGCAUUUGACGUCUUGCUAUCAUGGUAUUUUUUGUUGAACGCAAGAUUGAAAAGUUGAAAAUUGAUCACUUCAGAAGCCAUUCUAUGUCACUUUUGGAAACAUCGUGAGUGCACUGUAGAAAGAAACCUAACAAACUGUGUGCAUGACUUAGUCCUUCGAACUACCGUGAUGACACCCACGAUAGUUGUGAAAUUAAAUUUAGGUGAACCACGAGAGUAAACGAAAAAGAUGCA